CUGUGACGUCAAAGGAUCGGUUGCGCGCAGAAGGCGAACUUCCGGCAUAGUGCGUUAAGGAAUACAGGACAUAACUUCCAGGAAAAUGCGGUAGACAGUUGUCUUAAAUGAAAGAAUAAAACCAAAAUACAGUACAUUUCGAUGUUAUAUGGCGUUUAAAUCAAUGUACGAUAAGGUUGUAUAUCCUGGGGGCUCAUACGGAAGCGAUCGUGUUAGCUGAUCAGUCAUCGAUCGAUCGGUAUUAAGUGCGCGAGCUCGGCUAAACAUGGGCACGAGAUCUAGUCGUUUACAUGAGGACUCCGUACCAACAUCUUUCGAUAAAGAUGGCAUCAAGCGGGAAUCCUGUCGACGGAUCCGGAGCGCAAGGCCUACCAGCCUCAUGGUGGAGUUUUCCGGUAGUUUCGAUCAUGAUUCAGAGGCGAAUCACAGCCGGUCAGAGGAGGGCAGCGAUUCGGAUACCGGACACCAGGCGAGCGGUGACGGCAGCCCCGCCGAUCGCACCGCGUCCCCGUCCCUGACCAGCCAGGCCUCGCCGACGGACGACAACGGAGCCGAUGAGAAACGCGAAGAGGACGGAAGCCCGACGGGCCCUGUGAGCGGGGAGGAAAUAGGCCGUGCACCGCAGCGCACUUUCUCGGAGCGUUUGCCCGGCGCUCGACACUCUUCCGGGAGCGGCGUCACGACGAGAUCCGCACGGGUGAGAGGGAACCACGCGCGCCCGAUGUCUGAGGCGUGGAUCGGCCUCUACAGAGUCAACAACCGUCACGGUGCUAUACGUUGCCCUUUCUGCACCAAACCCUUCCCCGGGGGGAGAAUCGAGGACCACCUUUUAAGCUGUCUCACCUCUCCACCUCUUCCUUAUAACACGGAUGUUCUUGCUAAGGACAGUGGCGAAUGUUCAAUCUGUCUUGAAGAUCUACUACAAGGAGAGACCAUCGCUCGACUGGCCUGCCUGUGUGUCUAUCAUAAGAGCUGCAUUGAUACAUGGAGCAAAGUGAAGCCGUGCUGUCCUGAACAUCCUUUCGAUUGAUUCGUGUGUCCAGGUGCAAUGACACUUCGACUCAGGAGACAAUACCCCCGGGCAGGAGCAUAUAUUUUAUGAAACGGAUAACAACCAUCAAAACUUGUUGCUAACUGAAUAAGCCUGUUUUAAGUAAGCCUGGCUUUAAGUUUCUGAUGUGAUUUGGCUUUUUCUCUGCUCUGCAGCACCUGACUGAACAGCAGGUUUGCUCUGCUUGCCUUUUCUCUCUUAACUCUUUACCACAAAACUCAACGUGAGACCGUCAAAUGACAUGGAUUUGAAAUGUAACCGGAGAGAAAAGGUACACACGGAUCGUCUCACGGACAUCUUGAUGGAGUUUGGAUACGCCGUCAUUUAUGCUGGGUUCGCAGGCUUGGUGUUUGGGUUUUGCUCAGCAUGCUGGGAAGACUUUGAAUGAACUUUUUCGGUUGAUGUUGUUUGGCAGAUCCUGGAUGAAAAGAAAUAAGUUGUACAUGCGUAAAUAUUGCACAGGAUUACAUACAAGGCAUGAUGUUUUAUAUUUCGGGUGAUACUAAAUGAUGGGGUUUUUUUGUGAGGGUGGGGGGAUUAUUUCCCAUAUUGUUGCUAAUAGGAACAUUUCAAAGGAAAGUGCUCUCAGUUCCUCUUGGUCCGAAUACUUCUGCUCGGUUAACUGUACAUUAUUAACAAACCGGAGCAAUGCAUCAACUAGUCAGAUUAAUGGAUGUAUCAUUGGUUGCGGUGAAAUGUCUGUAGGUGCGUGCUCGUGUUCAACAUCAUUCGGAUUUAGGGCGCAGAUUUGGUUUUUGUGCAGGACUGUGAACAGUCAUUCAUUCAACAUGCUUCAAUGUGGAUGGGAUGUAGUAGACUGAAGAGAUCCAGUCACACCAGGCCUUCUCUGAUAAUAUGUUGAAUGCGUGUGAAUCAGGCCAUCUGUGACUCGGAGAUGUGUGUCGGGUACAGUGAUGCCAUAUGGCUCAUGCCUUGCCAGAGAUGGAGUUUCAGUGCAGCUGAUGGGAAAUGAGGACUUCUUCACCAGCACUAUAGGAAGAGUACAGUGGAAAGCCAAUAUUUUGGACAGGUUUAAGAUCCCGACACAGAGAUGUUUUUACAUUAAAAAUAUGUGUUUUGAGGUUUUUGGGGUUACUUGAUUUCUGAGUGUUACGUUGAUGACUCUAUUGUGUCUUGUAGUGUUGAGUUGGUCUGUUACCUUUUCUUUGCCUUAGAUUAAUGGUUUAUAUUUUGAAUAGUAACGUCCUGGAGGACUUUAGACUUUCUGGACGUAUGAAAUUUAGGCCUUCUGGGCUUUCCCUGCAUGGCCCACUGGAGGUCAUAAAUCUCCGAAAAGUAUUGUAAUGGGUUUGGUUUAGAGGAGACUCAUCUUUUAUAUUCGAAUACUUAAGAUGGUGUGCGUGUGGAUGGCAGGAAUCAUCUUUACAGUUACAUUUGUUUUGUGUUUGUGGUGCAGUGCAUUGUGGAGUGGAUGGGAGGUAUUGUCAGAGUAUUUUGACAAUCUUUUAAGCUCUGUACGUUAGCUUUUGCCCUUUGUUUAACUUAUAUGGUGCCAUACCUCAAUAUCCAUAUUUACUUUAUUAUUCUGGGGCAUAGCUAACUCCAAAGGUGGUGUUUUCAUUAAAAAAAUAUAAGUAUAUAUACAGUAUAAAAUCAAUGGAAAGUUAUGUUAUUAUUCAGUGCUAAGGGUUUUUACCCGGUUGAUCCUGUGUGGUUUGACAGUUGUUGGUCAAAAGUGAAUAAGGUGGAAAUGUUUUUAGGUCAAUAUGGUUUGAGGAUAUUCACACCCCCAGUCAGACAAUCUGCCCUCAUUCUGCUAAAGAACAACUGAGUAUUUAUUUAUUAAAGUGUAAAUAUGUAUUGCAUUUCAAAAUGGCUUUGUCUUUUGUUUGUCCAUGAUGCUGUUUCUAUGCCUAAAUCUUUUGUAUGUCUGACAAAUUGUUUUUAUAUGUAUUUUUUACAAUAAAUAUGCUUAAGUGUGA